AUGGAGUGCACGGACCCCGACGACAGCAAGCGCGCUGCGGCGCUGAAGGCGCGGACGUACCGGCGCGGAGAUGUCGUCGACGACUCGGCCGGUACAGACGACGAUAUCUCGGCUGCUAUCAACCAGUACCUCUCAACAUGCGACCGCAGCAGGGGCAGCGCCGAGCCGUGGACAGAGCAAGAGGACCGGCAGCUGCUCCAUGCCUUCUGGCUCUCGCUGGUCGACCCUACCGCUCCGCUCAGAUCGGCAGUCAUCGGCUCGGGCCGAGGCGCGCAUGCCAUCGAGCAUCGGCUCAACCAGCUGCGCUCGCGCCUCCCUCCCCACGUCGCUGAGCGGGCGCUGCCAUCUCGCCAAAAGCAGCUCCAGACGUCGCGCUGGCUCGAGCUGGCGGAGCCAUGCUGCAAUCCGCGGCCGAGCGGGCCGCAGCAGAACGAUGCCGCCGUGGCCAAGGCGGCGCGCGCUGCGAUCGCUGACGACGAGAACCUCGACGACGCCGGCAAGCAGGCGCUGCGGCGCGCCGCUGGCAGAGUCCCGCUCCAGCGGCUCCCGCUCUCUGGGCUCGCCGCGAACCACACGGUGCCGCCGGUGCGCAUCGAGGAGGGCUCAGUCGUCUUGCAACUUGCUGACGAGGCUCGGCUGCCAGUCGGUUUCAACUCCGCCUGCCUGGCGCUCACCGUCGACCGGGCGCGGGCGCUGCUGCGCGGCGGCGCGGACUCUUCGGCCGGCGAGCCGUCGGCCCUCGAGCGGGCGCGCGUCCUCUGCUCGUGGAGCGAGUCGGAUCCGACCGCUGCGGCCGUCGGCUCCACCGUCGCGAUCCACUCUCUCGUCUCGCGGCCGUCGAUGAACGGCAAGGUCGGCGUCGUCGUCUCCGCGAGCGCCUCGACGGGACGCUUCGGCGUGCGCGUGGCGGGCGAGGCCAAGGCACUCGCACUGAGGCGCGCUAUGGUCUCUCCCCCACUCGCCGGAUCCUCUCUUUGGACACGCCCCACGCCUCUGCCCUUACUCAGGCCGGCCAACCUGGAGCCAGCGGCCGCGGCGGUGGAGGCGGGCAGGCUCAUCGUCAAGGCGGCGGCGUGGUCGCCGCAGUCGCACGAGCUCUUCCCGGAGCCGGCUCGCAAGUGGGCGGUCGAGGUGAUGCGGCUGGGCUACCUGAUCGCUUGGGACGAGGAGCGCUUCGACGGCGAGGGGGCGGCGCCGGGGCUGGUGGACCUCUGGCGCAGCUUUGUGCUGCCAAGGGUGGUGGUGCGGGCAGCCGCAGGCGCACCGCGUUCCCCAUGA